AGAGAUUGAACUCCUCUUUCGCAAAUGGGCUCAUCCAUUUUGGCGCAUGCGUAUAGCUUUCAUUCCAGAGAGGAAAAUUUGAAGUUUGGGCAAAACAGGUGUUGGAGCUGAAAUAUUUACUUCUUUCAAUAAUCAAGUCACAAUGGAUGGCGAAGAAUUGGACUGGACGACUGAGAACAAGCCAAGAGAGGUGCGGACAGGUCGGCGGGCGAGGGCGGCUCCAGCCUUCACACUGGAGGACAGCGCUGGUGGAAUAGACGAUGAUGACAUUGGCAAUGACAUUGGAGGGGGCAGCAGUUCCCCGGGACCGCCGCGUCCCUGCAGACGACAGGGAGGCUGGGCAGACGAUACAGGCAAGGAGAAGAAAAGACCAGAGGGGAAGAAGUCUAUGGAUGAUGCAGUAGAAGACGCCCGUCUGCGGUCCGACUCGCCACCGCGGAGGGAUGACUCUGAUGAGGUUUACAGGUCAACAAGAUUGCAACGUACAGAGAGCUGGAUACUGAUCUAUUCAAACAAGCGGCUUUCCUCAUCCUGGAUGAUGAGAUUGACCUGAAGCCCCUUGCCAAAUGUCUGUCAGCUGAAACAGAUGUUCUGGAGGAGGACAAACCCUGGGACUGGGACAGGCUGUUCACAGAGGUGACCUCAGAACUACAGGUGGAGUGGGAGGCUGAAAGGCCGAAGGAGGAGGACGAGCCUCUACCAAUGCAGGGAUGAUAACGUGCAUUACUUAUUAAGAAAGCUUCUCCUUAACUAAGAUGUACAUAGGUUUAGAUAAUGGUGUGUAAAUUUACCAGCUUGGGGGUUAAACUUGAUUGAUGUUUCAACUUGGGAUAGACUGUCUUGUGUCAGUUAUCAUCAGUUGUCUAUUCAUUAUUCAUUGCCAUGUUUAGAGGUGGUUUUGUGAUAACCUUUUCCACUCUACAGGUGCCACACACACCAAGUUUGUAUUGAUUUUUUAAGAUGUUAGCCUUAUAAAGAUCAAUGUGGAGAUUGUGCACAUUCCCUUAUGAACGAGAUGUAGACAACAAAGUUUUUGUGUGACACUUAAUAUAUUUGUAAUUGCUGUCAACAUUCAGAAAUACAAAUCAGAUGUAUAAUAUUAUUUACAAAUCUGAGUCCAGCUAUUUGCUGUACAAAUCCUGUACAAAGAUUAAAGAAGUGUAUAUAUGUA